CACGGCUCGUUUUAACAGCUCUGCUGAUCGCUGUUUGGAUGUUGUACAGAUCAGCUCUGUCUGCUCACUCACUCACACACUCAUUUAAACCCAUAGCUCCGCUUCAUUCACAGGCCUGCUCAGUUAUGGACAUGGCGCCGUUUUUAACGAGUUUUAUUUAUUUGGUGCUGUUGUGUAGCAGGAUAUGCUGUGAUAAUGACACCGAAGAGGAUGAGCACGCCAAACACACAUACACGGUGGAGAUGUUCAAUGAUGCCGUCUCUACUGCUCCACACUUCGUCAUGUUCUACGCGCCCUGGUGUGGUCACUGUCAGCGGCUACAGGGAACGUGGAAUGAGCUGGCAGAUAAAUAUAACAGUAUGGAGGCUCCUCCAGUGUAUGUUGUGAAAUUCGACUGCACAAAAGACACAAAGUUUUGCUCCAGUGAACAUGGGAUCCGUGGAUACCCAACUCUGAAGUUGUUUAAACCUGAUCAGGAGGCUGUGAAGUAUCAGGGCCCGAGAGACCUGCAGGCGCUAGAGAGCUGGAUGCUGAAAACCCUGCAGGAUGAACCGGAAGAACCUCAGACUGAACCCGAGCCACCCAAAGUCCCUGAACCCAAACAGGGCCUGUAUGAACUCACAGCCACAAACUUCAAAUCACACAUCUCUAAAGGUUCUCACUUUGUGAAGUUCUAUGCACCGUGGUGUGGGCACUGCAAAGCCAUGGCUUCAACAUGGGAACAGCUCGCCACCAGCUUUGAGCAUUCAGACACCAUCAAGAUCGGCAAGGUUGAUUGCACACAGCACUAUGAGGUGUGUUCAGAUAAUCAGGUUCGUGGUUACCCCACGCUACUCUUCUUCACUGAUGGAGGGAAGAUUGAUCAGUACAGAGGAAAACGUGAUCUGGAUUCGUUUAAAGAGUUUGUUGAUAGUCACAUGAAAGCUGCAGAAUCUAAAGAUGAACCUGCGGAAGAGGAGGAGCACGCUCACGAAAUCCCACCCAGCGCUGAACCUGACAAAGAAGAGUCUAAAGUUCUGGUCUUGACUGAGAGCAAUUUUGAUGAGACUGUUGCCAAAGGACUCUCCUUCAUCAAGUUCUAUGCCCCGUGGUGUGGUCACUGCAAAAACCUGGCCCCUACCUGGGAGGAUCUAUCUAAAAAGGAGUUUCCUGGUCUGACUGAUGUGAAGAUUGCUAAAGUGGACUGCACCGUGGAGAGAACGCUCUGCAACAGAUACUCUGUGCGUGGAUACCCAACUCUCCUGAUGUUCCGGGCAGGGCAACAGGGGGAGGAGCAUAAUGGUGGGCGGGACUUAGAGAGUUUGCACAGUUUUGUAAUGAAACAAGCGAGAGAUGAGCUGUAACUCCUCCCUUAUCUUCCAUCUCACAACACAUCCUCCACAAAGCAACACUACCUACAUUUACCAUACUGACAAACAGACUGCUUUUUCUUCAUUUCUGUCCCUCACCUGCUGAAGUGAGGACCAUCUCUUCCACUUGAUAAAAUGUGAAUGUACAUGAUUUCAUCUCGACCAGUUGAUGAGAUUAUUAGCAAUUACAACCACAGACUUUUGAUUUUGCCCUUUCUCCCUUAAAAGAACAGCUGUAUGAUGUAAAGAAAAUGACACUUCCAUUAAGAUCAUUACAUCAUUUAAGGUGCAUAUUUCGUAAAUGUCAAAUGUCAGUUAUAUUUGAGGGAAUUCAGCUUAGUUUGCUAUCCAAUAAGAAAAUAUGACCUCAGGGAGACCAUGUACCAUUUAAGAAAACAAUGACAUGUACCUGCUGUGAUUUCCCUUUUACUCCAUUCAGUAUAAAAUACUAUAUGAUACACACUUGCAAACAGCACUUUGACCACAUACGUGGUCUUUCUAUUGGGGUUUCAAAUGUUUCUGUUGUGGUCUUCAGGUUUUGAAUAGGUUGUGUUGUUCAGAGGAUUAAAAAA